CCCAGAUUCCCUCUUCUUCUUCCUCUCUAAGUGUGCCCAAUUGAGUACGUUUCCCUCUUUUUCACUCAUGCAUCUUAGCAUUUUGCCUUUGUUUCUCCAUCGUUGGCUGUUUCGGAAGAGCUCGCAAGUUCAAAACAAGCCAAGGCUAAAAGCUCUAGAAUUCAAUUCCGGCGUAAGAAGAACUCGAAGUUUCAUAAACUGACGAGCUGGGUUUUUGUUGUUAAUUUGAUUCGAACAUUAUGAGAAGAUAAAGCCUCCUGUUGUUCGGCAAAGAGGAUGUUCUAAAGUCACAUCUGAGAAUGUUGACCUGGAAAGGGUGAAUAGAUCAUUCUAUUCUGAAUAUUCCUUAUUUUUUCAUGUUGAACAUGUGCUCACCUUCUCUUUUUCAUGUUGGGUAUGCAUUCACCUUUUGUUUACGGGUUGGCCCUUCGCCUUUACUGCAGAAGAGUCACAGCAUGCAGGAGGCAAUUCUAACUCUGAUGAAGCAAAUCUCUGUUGCUGACCAUGCAGCCAACUGCCCAAUUGGGGGAGGAAGUUCACUACCUAAUACUGUUUUUGGAGAAAAAUCUUUGGUAUUUAAGCACUCUGUGGUUGUACUUAGGUUGUUAUCUGUUUGCUAACUAAUUAUCAAGCUACUCAACAUUCAGAUUCACCAUCUAUUAGAACAGCCAACAAAGUCCUGGAAAUAGUUGCCUGACUCUGCAAACCGUUUAUGAAUCUCUUCUUAUUUUCCCUAAAAGAAUUGUCUGCUGUUCUAAUAUUGUGGCAAUGUUUGUUGCCUGGUUUACACUACAAUUGCUUAUGACUUAGCAUCAAUGAGCUUAGUAAAUUGUAAGUGGUUUU